UUUUUAGUAUCACGAUUCUUGUCUUAUCCAUUUAACCAGAACCCAUUGCCCACAAAAUUAGAGUCCAAUCUCUUCUUUCUCACUCUAUAAUAACACCACAAAUCAACUCUUUAUCCAUUAACACCACCACCACAACCAUGGCCAUGGCGUCUCCUCCCCCAAACUCUGUCCCAAUCGCUUACCAAGCAUACACCUCCGCCGCCGUUCCCGACUGGCUAAACAAAGGUGAUAACGCAUGGCAAAUGAUCUCCGCCACUCUUGUUGGCCUUCAAAGCGUCCCUGGCCUCGUCAUCCUUUAUGGAAGCAUCGUCAAGAAAAAAUGGGCAGUGAAUUCAGCUUUCAUGGCCUUCUACGCCUUCGCUGCCGUUGUUCUCUGUUGGGUUACUUGGGCUUACAAAAUGUCCUUUGGCGAUAAGCUCUUGCCGUUUUGGGGCAAAGCGGGUCCUGCCUUGGGACAAAAGUUUCUCAUUAAACAAGCAGCUCUGCCUGAAACGGCUGUGGCAACAACGGCGAUGGCAACACCGUUUUAUCCGAUGGCGUCAAUGGUUUGGUUUCAGUGUGUAUUUGCUGCCAUUACGUUGAUUUUAUUGGCGGGAUCAGUGCUUGGGAGGAUGAAUAUAAAGGCGUGGAUGGCUUUUGUGCCACUUUGGCUAACGUUUUCUUACACCGUUGGGGCGUUCAGCCUUUGGGGUGGCGGGUUCUUGUUUCAUUGGGGCGUGAUGGAUUAUUCUGGUGGUUAUGUUAUUCAUCUUUCUUCAGGAAUUGCUGGAUUUACUACUGCUUUCUGGGUGGGUCCAAGAUCAACAAAUGACAGGGAAAGAUUUCCACCAAACAAUUUAAUAUUAGCGUUAGCAGGUGCAGGGUUACUGUGGAUGGGAUGGGCAGGAUUCAACGGCGGAGAUCCAUACGCGGCAAAUAUUGACUCAUCUAUGGCCGUCCUAAACACCAACAUUUGCGCAGCAACAAGUCUGCUUGUCUGGACAUGUCUUGAUGUCAUUUGCUUCAAGAAGCCUUCCGUCGUUGGAGCUGUUCAAGGCAUGAUCACCGGCCUCGUUUGCAUUACGCCUGGUGCAGGUCUUGUUCAAGGAUGGGCAGCCAUCGUGAUGGGAAUAUUGUCAGGGAGUGUGCCAUGGUUCACCAUGAUGAUAGUCCACAAAAGAUGGACACUUCUUCAAAAGAUUGAUGAUACACUUGGUGUUUUCCAUACCCACGCCGUUGCUGGUCUUCUUGGUGGUUUGUUAACUGGCCUUUUUGCUCAACCAACACUAUCUUCUCUUUUUUUACCAGUCACUAACUCAAGGGGAGCUGCCUAUGGAGGCUCUGGGGGAAUCCAGUUCCUUAAACAAUUAGCAGGAGCUGCCUUUAUCAUCGGUUGGAAUGUUGUCGUGACAUCGAUCAUCUGUGUGCUCAUAAACCUAGUCAUUCCGUUGCGAAUGGCCGAAGAGCAAUUGGUGAUUGGUGAUGAUGCGGUGCAUGGUGAAGAGGCUUAUGCAUUGUGGGGUGAUGGAGAGGUUUAUGAUUCAACAAAGCAUGGGACGUACUCUGAUGAUACAUUGCAUCCUAAGACUACAACUGGUGCUACUCAAGUGGUUUAAUAAGUGUGAAAAUAACUUAUUCCAAACGCAUGAAUUUACCUAGCAUUUACUUUACCUAGAUCUGCUAUCAAUAGACUUAAUAAGUCAUGAAUGCUAUAUUAAAAACUAUUCUUAAGAAAAUUCAACUCAACAGAUUGUAAAAUCAUUCCAAACUUAGCAGAAUUUAUUGUGUU